AUUAAUCCUCUAAGUUGUGAAAAUUUGUUUGAUGGAUGUGUAAUAAUUUUUCGAGUUUAAACGAACUGGUUGCGGUAAGCUCUGAUAAAUAUGAGAGCCGAUCGCGUUUUAAAGUAGAUGAAUGGGGAAAUGAUUGUGGUCCUAACCUCAAAAAAAGCAAAGUGUUCGUUAGGUGUAUUGACAGUAGAAGCAGCGAAUAUCUUCGAUGUGAUGUGUGUGCGAGCGUGCAUGUUUCUGUAUUGCUCCCCAAACGGGGAACGGUCGGUGUGCUGAAAAGGGUAGUGAGCGUGCACCGUGCGGCGAACGUCUAAAGUAAAGUGGUGAUGGUCGCAUCGACGACGUCAACGGCCGAAGUGGAAAAACUGCUUCACAAAUCGGAUUGCAUAUUCAUAUCCUCUUGCUGGGUGUUCGAUUGUUAUGCCACCUGUUUCUAUUAGAACUUCACGCAGCCGUCACAUGGUAUAUGUGUGUUUAUUUGAUAAUUAAAAUUAUCGAAUAAACUUCAUCCUUUACCUGAGUCUUAUAUUAAAUAAAAUUCCAAAUAACUAUAAAACAACUCGUAUUAAAAGACAUAGUAAUUGGCAUUCGUAGCCAUUGUACUUUGGUAAUUCAUACUUGUGGCAGAAAAUUCGGCUUUGAAUUAAAAGAUCAACAUAAAAAUGCAUAUUAAAAGCUUACAACAUGCUCAUGCGGCUUCGGCUGCUAUGGGGAAUUGUGAGAUUGUGAUUGUGUCAUCGUCGCCGAAUAAUGCUGCACCGAGCGCAAACAAUAACAACAACAAUACUACUAACAGUAACAAUAAUGAGAAUAAUGCAGGAUCCCAUCACCAACAGCAGCAGCAGCAGCAGCAACAACAACAACAACAUCAGGCGUCGACAACAACCGAAAUUCCAAUCCCAUUCAAUAUGCAUUUGGCAGCUGCCAAUUCAGAAGCGCACGUUGCUGCUCAAGCAGCUGCUAUGGCAGCGGCACAAGCGGCAGCCGCGCAAGCUGCCGCUGCUGAACAACAAGCGACAGGCGGUAGUAAUGGAACUACUACAACAACAAUUCUGCAGCAGCACCCGUUGGCACAUCUAGUAGCCACAGCCGCACACAGCCCAGCGCUUUCGGAUCAACAUUUCUCAGCGGGGCGUGAAGUGGUAGCCAAUGGACAUAGCGGCGGAAGCAGUACGAAUGGCGGAGGCGGUGGUGGCAGCGGUAGCGGUGGCGCCAGUAGCGGUAGUAGUGGUGGUGGUCAUGAGAAACCUUUCCUUUGCAGUGUGUGCGACCGGCGGUUUCGGCAAUUGAGUACGCUCACCAACCACGUGAAAAUACAUACCGGCGAAAAACCAUACAAAUGUAAUGUUUGUGAUAAAACCUUUCGUCAAUCGUCCACUUUAACAAAUCACCUAAAGAUUCAUACCGGCGAGAAACCAUUUAAUUGUACCUAUUGUCCGAAGAAUUUCCGACAGCUGAGUACUCUAACGAAUCAUGUAAAAAUCCAUACUGGUGAAAAGCCGUUCGAAUGUGCCGUAUGUAAGAAACAGUUCCGUCAAUCUAGUACCCUAAAUAACCAUAUAAAGAUUCACGUUAUGGAUAAAGUGUACGUACCCGUUAAGAUAAAAACGGAGGAAGACGAGGGAUGACUAGAGGAUAUGGUGAUCGCAGGCU